AUGCCACAGCCGCCACAGCUUCCACCGCCGGUCAGCGCAAAGCCCAAACGCCGUUUCUUCGAUCCUUGGAACUCGUCUUCGACUGGCCAUCAAAGAGCAGAAAACAAUCUCGCUGGAAGCACGAGUUGGCGAGAAUCGCGGAGUCUCAAACUCAGAAAUCAGUUCAGUGGUGGUGCUUCUGGCGGCGCUCGAGUCGCAGAUACUGUUGGAGCUGGCAGUGAAAACUUUGGAAAAGACGGAAGACUGGAAAAUGGCGGGUGGAUCAAGGGUGCAUCUGGAUUGAGAGGAAGAGGACAGCCGAGUGUAGUGGAAGCUUUCAGGGUCAAGAAAACGUGCGUCAAAGACACAGCGACCGAGAAAGAAAAGGCAAAGUUGGAUGUCAAGGAGGUGGAAGAGCAGGACCCACCAGAACGACCGCAACAUGUUAAACAAGACCUCGACACAGAAGCUACCACCAAGCCAAAUCCUCCCCAAAUAUUCGCCGGCACGUGUAUCUACAUAAACGGCAGCACCUUCCCAACAAUCUCCGACCACAAGCUAAAACACCUCCUCGUAACCCAUGGCGCACACCUCAGCAUCCACCUCGGUCGUCGCUCGGUCACCCAUGUCAUUCUCGGUCGUCCCAAUGCCUCUGCUAUUCCCGGCGCUGGUGGCGGCCUCUCAGCUUCGAAAAUGCAAAAGGAGAUUUCCAAGAUUGGCGGCAAGAAUGUCAAAUUUGUCACUGCUGAGUGGGUCAUGGAGAGCGUGGGCAAGGGAAAGAGAGCACCUGAACAGAGAUUUGAAGCUGUGAGAUUGGCGCUGAAGGGGACCGGAAGAGUGGAAGAGAUGUUCGCGAAGGCUUCAAAAAAGAAGGGCUGA